AUGCAGUUCCUCAUCCUCAGCUUGGCCUUCAGCGCCGCCACCGCCCUUCCAUUCUUCCGCCGCACCUCUGAGGAUCUCACGGUCCUGGGCUUCGACCUUACUACCCUUGAGGACACCGCCCUCAGUGGCUCAGUCCUCACCUCUUCUACCAACAAGAAGCGCGGCGAUAGCGUCGUCACCAUCAGUGGUCUUGGCGUCAAUGUCGAUUCCCUCGUCAAUCUCGACGACCUAGAGGUGACGAGCGACACGGUCGACUCCAUUAUCGAGCGUGGCCUGCUCGACCUAAGCAGCGUGACCAGCGACCUCGACGUUCUUGACCUGCUCGACCUCUCUUCCCUCCUUAGCUCCCUCGAUCUCACUGAUCUCAGCACGGUUGAAGAGCUCCUCUCUGCACUCGACCUCACCGACCUUUCAGACGCCACUUCGCUCCUCAGCGGCCUAGGCCUAGGUAGCGCCGAUGUCACAUCCACCCUGAGCAACUGCGACCUUAACGAUUCCUCGUCUGUUACGGAGCUGCUUGACAGCCUCCUCUUGACCGUCGAAGUUACCAUCCUCGACUUGGUCAACAGCCUCGGCCUCACCACGGACCUUUAG